AGGGUAGGCAGAGUGUUUGGAGGCAUUAUUUGUCAUUUAAAGUUGAAACGAACAAAGUGAAGAAAAAGUAGCUGUUUCUGUGGUCUGCAGCAAGUCUGUUAAGUCAUAUAACCUUGAACGAAAGAAAUUAUUGGGUGGCUGACCUUUCUGAGGGUGCACUCACACUAGGCGAUUGGUAUCAUGCCUAAACAUGUUUUCACCUCUAAAGUGCAGCUUGUUUGACUAGAGUGAGUGCUCAAGCACAGUCAGUGCACUUACUUGGCUCUGGCAGAGUUGGAGGAAGUGGACUUUGAUAUAGUAUGGUUGUUUAUGCUCAAGACAUAAUGUGAGAUUGAUGCACCUGGUACUCUUAAUAAGCAUUUUAAACAACGGCAGCAAAGGGUUCAUGCUGGUAUGUUGCAGAGAUUGAGUGUUAACUUAAAAUCUGGACAGAUCUGGACAUUCUGGGUCAUUCAGAGCAUUUACAUGCUGUUAAAAGAAUCAGUGUUUUUGCAUGAGUCUGACUCAAACUGGACCUUUAAAAUACAAGUUAAUACAUCAGUUCAGAUGAAAUCACACUAAACUGAACUUCUAGUAGUCCAGGUAAAAAGCCUAAUCUAAAUCUUACUAUAGCUUAACUUUAGUGCAUAGUGCAUUAAGCUGUCUUCUUGUUGUCUUUCUGUCAUAUACUAAAACAAUUGACAAACAGGUUAGCAAGAAUCUAACUGGUUGCAUGCUGAACAGUAAAAACACAAACAUUUCUUUAGCUCUGUACCUUUUGUAUAUACAAUAUGACAGCUUUGUACACUUCCCCAAUUCUUCUAACGGGCUUUUAUUUACAAGCCGUUCUGUAAUGUGUUUGUGCUGUUAGACUUACGGUUCAAAGCCGCCAACUGAUUAGGCCAGUUAAGAUCUGAGUAAGGUGUACCCAUGCAGGAGCAAAUCGACCCCACCACAGUUUAAGGGAUGUUAGUUUGACUUGGAGAUAUUCCAGUCAAAACCCAGCAGGAUAGGCUUAUUUUUAGAAAAUGUUGCUUUAGUAUGUAGAGGACACGAUAAACAAAGACUGCUUUGUCCACCGGGGGGUGCUAAAGUUGACGCAAACCAAAAGUUCCUCACAGGAGCUUUAAGUAUAGUACUGCAGUAAAUGUAUUUCACCGCUGUCCAUCAAAUUGUCAAAUUGCCAUCAAGAGCUCCUCUUUAUCAGUGACAGAGAAUGUUUUUGAUAGGGUUAGCAAUUACAGCAUGCAUUCCUCCUCCAAAACUCUCUCAUGGACUUGGAGUCUUUCCAAAAUUGAAAAAUUGAAGUCUUUGCCAAAUUGAGCUUUUUUAUGUUGGAGUAUGUUUAUCGAUCACUAGUUUUAUUCUAAUUACACCACAUUUUUUAACUUAAAAACAUAAGGAAGUCAUACAAAGCUUGAGUUGAAUACAGACAAUAAAUGUUGCAAAUUGACCACAAAGAGACAAGUUAUGCCUACAAAUAAGGUCCCUUUCCAGUCUGACAGUUCACAUGCACCUUACAUAGUAUAAGACCUGUGUUGCUUCAAUUCUAACUGUCUUGCUUUUAAAUACAGAGACAGGUAGUUUUUACAUGUCUAUGCAAAAAAAUGUGUCAUAAUCCACCCCUGUACAGCUCGUUCUUGUGUUUUUACUCCAAUUUUUGCACCACCAGUGUGAUGCAUCACAGCAGUGUUCAGCCCUCCCCUGCUUACCUGUCUGGUGAACAGUAUGGCAGUGUCCCAGUACUCCGGGUGCUUGUCACUGUGCUUAUUCAACUUCUUCUGCCAGGAGCAGAAGUUGCGCAGAGUCAGAGCUGCGUUGCCGGAAACCUUCGGUCCCUUGUCAGCUUCAUUUAUCACCAUGAAGCCCACCACCACUAUGUUUAUAGAGUUGAGAAUGCUGGGGUGCUUGUAAAGCCGGGCUGCUACUGACAUCAGGGUCAAGAGGUAAUGUUUCAGGUCAUCCCCGUGAAAUUUGGCCAUAGAUUCAUCUGCCACCACCAAAACCUCCACAAACCUGGGGAUGGAAGCGAAUCUCUUGGACCUGCCCAAACUUUUCAGCACAGUUUCAGUUAAACCAUCCAUCUCUACCUCACUCAUGUGUCUGUAUUUCUCCAAGGACACGUUGAAGUUGGGGUCAGGUGUAACUCCACACCUGCUGGUGAUGUUACCGUCAGAGUGCUCAGUGCGUCCUCUUCGGCGGAUCACAUGUGUCCUGUCGAAGGAGUUUGCAGAUCCAGACGCAGCAGCUGCGUCCUCAGUCCGGCUCUGGCUAAUGAAAUAUUCCAUUCCAUGAUAGGAGAAUCCCCCAUGGAGACCUUUGCACAGGCUGAGCGCUGCGAAGGAGUCCGGGUCUGCGUUGACAUCCCCGGCAUAAAAGCAUUCCCUGAGGUCAGCAGUGGUGGAGGAGUUGGAUGCUGAUGAGGUGCUCUCAGAUAGAAGGUUGUCUGAUGCAAUAAAACCAGCAUCCGGGGUGAGGUGGAGGUAAAAAUCCUGCUUGAAUGCACUCAAUCUGAAAGUAAUGUGUCCAUCAUUCACCUGCUCCGCGCGCCGGUGCAGAUGUUUGUCGUGCUUUUGGUGAUCCACGCGGACAGGUAUGCAGAAAUCCACCUCCAUGCAAUAUGUAAGUUUUAGAUAAAGCAGAAAUUUGAUCAGAACCAUCAAAGAACCAGUGAAUAUGGCCAUCUCUGCUCCUGCUUUGCAAACUAUACUCUGUAAUUCGUCUGAAUCUGCAUGCAGAUAAAAGUUGUGCGUAAUGGCAAGGAGCGCCGCUUGUGCGUCCUCAGAAAACUGAGCAGCCUCUGCCUUGCAGCUUCAAUCCCAUGUUGCACCAAUUCCUCUCUGGCCACUGAGUCCUGUGAGCUGCUGAGCUUUAAAGACGCGCGUAAAAACCCAUGGUCGCUAUCGAGGGAAAUCUUUUUGUGUGUGCGCAAAAGAGAGAGAGCUCAUUGGUCAUGAGUCUCGAUUUGAGCUGCAGACCGCAGCCACUUGUAACUCUCCAAAUAUUAUUGUUGCUGUACAGCAUGUGUGACAGGAGCUGUAGUAUCAUCCCGCCCCCCUCCCACCGCCGGACUCACGGCGAGGCGGACUCAUAGCCUGGCAAACACACAAGAUGCAAAGGGGAAGCACGCAGAAAGUGACUGAAGUGUUUGUUUUUAUUUUUUGUCAUUAAUAUUUUGACUGUAAUUGUUCAUGUUUCAGUUGGACCAAACUGGAAAUAUAAUUAUGUCAUAUAUUAAUUUACAGUUUCCUUAACACUAUUAUAUCAACUCUUUCCCUCUCUCUAUGGAUUGUUUAAAAACAAACAUUUGGUGACAGAGACAAGAUCAUUGUUGAUCUUAAUAAGGACAUUUAAAGCAGCACAUCUUUCUGCAUGUCCUUCCAUGCAUAAGACAAUAAACUCAUUAAAGUGCACAAUUGACAUUUUCCAUGAAUAAAUACAAUCUUAGGCUCAAUUUACGUGACACCUAAGAACACAGUAUUAGGGGGGGAAAGGUUUCCAUGUUCCUAAUACGUGAUGGCUUUGAGUUUCUGAUCCAUUUUGCUGAGGACAUGGUGAAGACAAACCAUCUUAAUUAAUUGCAAUACAAAAUAUCCUAUAUAACAAUUUAUCAUAUCAUUGCAAGCAUUUUUCAAUUAACUCAUAAUGAAAUAAUGUUUUUGUUGACACACAUUGAAUCAUGAAAGCAUCAAGAAUCAAUCAAACAAACAAACAAACAAACAAAUAUUUGAUCAGAUAGAUAGAAAUCAUCCGUCCAAGUGGCAACUACUGCUACCAGAGGGCUCAUGCUUUGUAAAUGACAAUGUAAUGAAAAGGGGUCAUGAUUGCUCAUUUUAAAGUUACCAUCAUUCAUGGGUUCUAAAUAUAUAUGUCAGACUUAAAGAAAUGUCUGGUCCUUCACUUGUCUUCCAUCCACAGUUGCUCUAUGGUGCGAAACAGCAGCAGGCGAUCAGUCAGUUACUAGCUGCUAGUCAACAUCCCGAGAGCUUCAACAUAAAGCAAAUAAAAACACCAGAGAACUUAAGGCUUGUAUUUGGUCACAGCUGCCAGAGUCUCUAUAAUGUGUGAGCUGUUAUACCGACAUUAAUCUUACCGACAUUAACAAGCUGCUGAUUAUUAGCACAGAAAAAGUAAACACGAGCACUGACUGCUCUGUGUGUGGUGGACUCAGAUUGUAAACAUUAUAUGUGUGGACUCCAAGAAGUGAAAUGUGUCCAGUACAGGGAGGAAAAUAUUGUUGAAAAUGCUUUGUCUAUAUGUAAAAAGUAUUGUUUUUACACAGUGAUGUAUCCUCUGUGACAGUGAGCACAAACUCCUACCUACCUAGUCCUUUGUCUCUUUCAGUCUGUUAGUGUGUCUGUUGCUCCAUCCUGUUCCUUGGGCUUUCAUUUUAAGAUAUUCACUCUGACCUCAAUUGCAUGAGCACCUUUUUCCCCCUUUUAUUCCACAUAUUUGUUAUAAAUCAAAUACAUGAAGUAGACAGAAAACAUAGAAAUAAACAAACAACAAAAUUUGAACAGCUGUUGCAUUGUUCCUUAUUUAUUUAAAUUUUGUUGGGCAUUAAUUGAAAAGAUGAUCCUUGUUCUCUCACUCCUUAAAUAUUAUAAAACAGUUCCAAACAAGGUACCUCUGCUCAUUAUCUAUUUACUUGCUGUGGUCUGAUUUAUGUCAUUGAUGGUUAUACUUUUACACACGUGUUUAUGCCCAGCAGCCACAAUGGCUUCCACUCACAGGAGUAACAUGUUUAAGAGAAGACAGUAAACCAUCUUAGAAACACACGCAGGAUGUGUUCAUGUGAGAGUUCAUUAACAUGAUUAUCUGCAUAAAACUAUUGAGAAAAUGUGAGUGGGUUGAAGACAGCUUUAAAUUGAAAUGAAGGCAAAGAGCGACACCUCAAGUUUACGGUCGUUUCUGUUCAGCAAAGUACACGGAGACGUUUGUUUUUCUCUGGCGCCAUCUCAUGGUGACAGAGUGUAACUACAUCUUCUGGAUGAUCGUUAUUAUUUACAGUACUGACAUUCUCCUGGCACACCUCCUGGUAUCAAACUAAUUUUACAUGGAAAACGCGCAUCAAGGCUUAUGAUAAGUUACACCAGAUGUCUUUACGGAAUCUGUAACACUAUGAAUGAGUUUUUACACAGAUUUUUUUUUUAUGCAGGAUGUAAAUAUGAGUGGGAAUUUUCUGGUUUCGUUCUGUUUAUAAUUAGAUUUUAUUUUUAGGUUUAGGGCUUGAUGAGUCAUUGCUCUUUAAUUAAAGGGUUAUUUUAAUGCACAACGUUGCUUUCUUUGUAAAGGCUCUUUGGUUCACAAUAAUCAUCGUUUCUUUGUGGAUUAUGCAGCGAAAAAUAUAUUGAGUGAUGAUAUUCUUCCGAUGGUUCCACUGCUGAUGAAACAUCUCUCAGCGUGGUGGUCUGUUCAUGCACACACAGAGAGAGAGAGAGCUUUUCUCCCUCCAGCGGUGGUCUUUUGUGUGGGAAUAGAGCAGCUCGGCCUUUGGGGGUAGGCUACUCCGGGCUCUGUGGGGGCCUGCCACUCACACACCCCUCUGAAAUAACUCGAAUAGCGGGCUCCCAGCUAUGCGUAGUAUAGAUGUCCUGCCGCUGUCUUCUGGCACACUGGGUUAAUAAUAGGAGCACGGCUGUCAAGCUAUUUCAGAAGGGGGGAGUGUUGGUCUAUUCUCAUUGGAUCCGUUUUAUCUGCGAGUGUCUCGUGAAGUACGAGAGUGGGAGGAGAAUUUCCAGCAACGGAGGAUAUCAAAAAUAAACCCCCUCAUGUCAGGGAAGAGCAGAAAGUAUAAAUACCCCCGAUGUGUCCAGACUGCAGUGGUGCUGGUGAGUGGCACAACAAGACUUAGCCUGGAUAGAGGACUAGAGACGACAACUCCGACGGACUGAAGUUCAAUAUUAGUCAUACUCUGAUGACCAAGACUGACUCUACAGCACUGAAACCACUUUCGAUUUGGAGAGACUCUCUAAGAUUAUCUCUUUAUUGGAAUCGACACCCAGUUCAUAAGGACAUUAUUAAAACGAACUUUUACAAUUUUUGGUUGCAAUUCAACUUUUAGAAGAUGUGUUCAACUCUGUGUUUUGUCUUUUUACUCCUGCGCGUAAUAAACGCGGCACUCUCCACUCCAUUUGAGUCAGAGGAUGUUGUACCUGUUCGGGUAAAUGGAAGACUCAGAGGUCGCUUUUGGAAAAGGAGUGAGGAGCAGCCGAGAUUUAUCCUCAGCGCAUUUGGCAAAGACAUGACUCUAAAUCUCUUUCCUGAUACCGCCUUUAUCGCACCUUCCUUCACUAUACAGCGCAUCAAAGCCAGAGAUGUGGGUGCUUUACGCGGCGCUUCAGGUGGCCAACCUGCCAUGGGUCUCCGGACUUUGAUGAACCAGACCGCGGAGAGUGAGGGACAUCUCAGAAGCUGUUUUUACUCUGGAAACGUGGAUCACGAUCAGAACUCUGUUGUGUCUGUCAGCUUGUGUUCGGGCAUCUUUGGCUCCUUCAUAACGGAGGGUAAAGAGUAUCUAAUUGCGCCCAAACUUGGAGGCAGCCUGGGGCCAGACUCUGCAGAGCAGCAGCAUGUGAUCAAGAGGAGGACAUUCACUCCAAGCAAAGGUGUCCCCCUCCUGUUUGAUCACGCGGCAUUGGACAGCCGAGUGGAUAGGCAAGAGGAGGAAAAUUUUACGCACAGCGACAAUGACGCACGGAGGGAACCUCGCCGGAGACGCUUUGUUUCCGCGCCACGGUUCAUUGAAACCCUGGUGGUGGCAGACUCAACCAUGACCCACUUCUAUGGAGAUGAAAUAAAGGUCAGACAUGAUGAACUCAUUCUUUCCUGCACACACUGUUAAUAUUUGACACAGCAUAGAUGAAUUAGGAAGAUUAGACCGGGUUCGUGUUUUGAUUGGGGAAAAAAAACCCUGCUGAAGACGUCAUCUUUUUCCCUCUAAAUUUUCCCUUAUCCUGUCUUAAGGGAUUUACAGCCCAGAAAAUUACUCUGAGGAAUUAGCUGUUUCAUAAAAACAUGUUUUGGCAGAGAAAGAGCAUGGGAGGAAGUUAGUGUGCUCCCUGUUUUCCACAGAAGAAGGUCAGGCAAAAGAAAUGCAGAAAAUGCUGGAGCACAUUCCUCAGGACUUGGACACGAUUUGGCAGCAGAUCCUCAGCAUCAUGCAGGGAAGAUUCACAAGGCUUACAAUAUCCAUCUGAUGCUACUUUGACUCAGUUUUAAGAAUUCAUUAUAUUGCUGUUUCCUGUAAGAAAAUCCAACAUUUAAAAUGAACAAAAUAUGAUGGACACCGAUCUUAUGUAAAGAUACAUAUAAAUAUCCAUCCUGUGUUAUUCUGGAGCUAAAAUUCCUAAAAAAGGAAGACCGUUUAUGAUCUUGGCACAGUCUGAAGCAGCCAAAUUCUUGUCUGUUUGUACUUAACAAGCUCCUCAGCUGCCAGACUCUACUCUUGUGAGGAGUAAAAAAGUAAAGUAAGGCCAUACAAAGAGAGGACAAACUGAUCAACUUUAUAUCCCUGUUUUAUUCUGAAUCACGUCUCUUUCCCUGUAAGUGGGGGCAGUUUUAGUGGUUUGGAGGUCUCAGGCUGAAACCAAUAAGUAUCUGUGUGUGUGUGUGUGUGUGUGUGUGUGUGUGUGUGUGUGUGUGUGUGUGUGUGUGUGUGUGUGUGUGUGUGUGUGUUCAGCGUGUGUGUGCAACACAUGUGGAAAAAACUGUUUUAUGUGGGAAAAUUAUCCCUCCCAAGAAAAAGUGAGUUCAGCACAGCUGAUGGAAGACUUUACAAUACACAUCAUGGCACAACCCUCCCACAUUCACAGUGAUUUACCAGCACUCCACUAAAACACAACAUCUUGACAGCCCUGUGGAAAAGCUGCACGUCACUUCCAUGACACAAUCACCGACCAAAAAAAGCACAGGGAUGAAGCUUUUUAUAGUAAUGUGUCAUUUUACUCAAGAUGUUGAAAUAAGCGAGGACUUAAAUAAAGCCUCUAAACUGAAGCUGUUGGUGAAAAUACGUUUGUGUUAAACAAGUGUUCGAAAAUCUUGGCUUAUACUUCAUCCUACAGAGGUUUGCAAACACAAUAUUAUUAGUCGGAAAAAUACAGGUGGCCUCAGACUUCUGUUAUGACUGGUCACAUCUGCUAUUCUCAUUUCCUUUAAGGGCAACAGGAUAUUUAUUGGGCCAGAAGGAGAUUUCAGGUCAAUUUCUUAAGGGGGAAAACCCUCCUACCUGCUUUGGCACACAGAUUAAUCAAAUAAAUAAUAAAAAAUAUUCAUUCUUGGACCGUAUUGUGUAAUUUUUUUGGUUAAAGGUGCAGUUUGACAAUAUUUAACCAUGUCUUGUAGAACAGAUUUGGUAGAAAUGGAUGAUAACUAUUGUAAGUAUGUUUAGAUUAGUGGUUAACAACCUGAAUAUGAAUGUUUUGGGGGUCUUUACAUCCACAAAAGAUCAUGUCUCUUUCUAUGAAGGCCGCAAUCUUGCUCACCAUGUUUCUACACUGGCACAGAAGGGACCAACCACGAGCAUAGACUUGAAAUGCAUCAACUAGAAGACAGAAGAUAAAGAGAGUGGUUGGUGGUCGAAAAAUAAUUCUUAUCAUGCAUCAGCUUCAGAGGCCACACUCACUUCAGCAAUCACUUUUCUGCAGGAGUCAUAAAUCUUACUAAGCUCCCAGUUUUAGUUUAGUGCACAGUGUCUGUGAUAUGAAGCACAGGUCAGUUUUAUCCGAGGUGUAGACAUCUUGGUUAUUAGCUGAUUUAUGAUUGCAAAAUAUCAGUGUUAGGCAGGAAUACAGCACAAUAUCAAGCAAAAAAAGCUACCAGCACUGCAUGCCCCGAACAUUCUCACUCUCAGCCUUGUCUUUUUAGUCAUCCCAUAGUGUGUCUUUGAGCUGUCCAAGCUGUUUCAUGUACAGUUCCUUCUCACAUAAGUCAAUGUUUUUAAAGUUUUGCACUGUCUCUCCUCCUCUUCCUCCUCAGCACUACAUUCUGACCCUGAUGUCGAUGGCCGCUCAGCUGUACAAACACCCCAGCAUUAAGAACUCUGUAAACAUUGUGUUGGUGAAGAUGCUGGUGGUGGAGGAUGAGGAGGUCGGCCCUGAGGUUUCAAGCAACGGAGGCGUGGCUCUGAGGAACUUCUGCUCCUGGCAGCAGCUCUUCAACCCCCCAAGCCAGAGACAUCCAGAACACUAUGACACGGCCAUGCUCUUCACCAGAGAGGUGAGCAACAAGUACAGACCUGGUUCAAGUUCUUACAAAACUGCCAAAUAGCCUGUGGAGAUUCCUGCCAUAAAACAUAGCAUCAUCUGCUUGUAGUGUUUCAGGCAUCAAUCAAAGUUCAGAUUAAAGAUACUUGUUUGUGUGUUUCUCUGCAUCAGUGAUAUGACAACAGUAGUGGCCCAAGAACUGAUCCUUGGGGAACACCAUAUUAUAUAUAAAGAGAGACAGUAGUGUCGUGCUUUUUCACAUUCAUUUAAGAUCACCAAGUGCUGUUUUUAUACUAUCAAUGGUUAAACGCCUGACAAACACCAAAGAAAUAUCAACUCGCUUUAGCUUUGCAAGGUGUGUCACCAAUAUCUACCAAUUUGUUUGGUUGUCUGCCUGAACUGCCUCAUCUUUAUAGCAUAAACUCUUUUUUAAACUCUCCUUAAAGACAUUCACAAGUCAAAAAACUUGGAAGUGUUAAGUCUGUCCCAAGUUUGCCCCCAAGUAGUUAAGCCCCGCCCCCUGAAAAAUAAUGAUGUACUUUUUUGAUGGCUCUUGGGACAGACUGGAGUCGUAAACUUUUUUACAACAAGCAAGUUUUAAAUACCACUGAAAGCCACAACAACUUAAUAAGGACCUCAAUAAAUCAAACAUGUGUUAUUUCAUAUUGUUGUGGACUCACGCCUUCAAAUUACCAAAGAGCUAAAAAAAAAAAAAAACUGAGUCAUCAGGCUGUCAUCUGGUUCUCCUCUCAGUUUGUUUCAAGUUGAGUCUUACUUCUGGUCACUGUUAUCUUAGGACUGUUUUGUGCACAAAUGAAACUCAUCAAGGUUGUUAAUUUAUACGAAAAGGAAGUCCACUUACUCAUGUUGUCUGGUGUAUUUUUGCUCCAUUGAGUCGGCAAUACUCAAGAAAGGAUGAGUCACCAAUGAAGCACGGCUGGAAUUCAGUCCAGCUGCGGUACAAAAUGUGGUUUCAGAAGCUGCAGACUCGACCGCACAACAAUUACUUGAAACCAAAGUGCCUUUGAGUAAAACAGGUGCAAUUUGGGUAAAGUGUGUGGGGCCUCAGCUGGAAAUCAACACCCCAGCUGAGUGAUUUUUUAGAUACACUAGUUUGAGACGAAAGAAGGGGAUGAAAAAGGAGGAAAUUCAGGGAAGCCUUUUUAGCCCUAAGGGUGAGUUAAGGUGCUGAAAAAGGAUCUACAAGAUGGAAUAGUUGUAAUCUUUCCCAAGCGGGGUGAAUGUCAACAGAGAACAAACAAACUGUGCUUUAUGGAUGCUUCAACAGGAAAUAAGUCCACGAGUCCUUAGGGUUCUUGUUUUGAUUGGCUUGUUCUGCUGUAUUUGGCUGCCGUCCUCCCUCUGGUAUGUGCACGUUGACAAGGUGUUAGCAGACAAUACAUUAGGCGAGAAACCUCUCUAUUAUUACGCUUUUAUAGCUCAGUGCAUUGCUGUUCGUAGCGUGAUUGAUGGCAGGUUUGGUAUUUAUCCGCCUACUGAAUGACGUAAGCAUGUAAAUCUGACCCUAGUUUGGGGAAAUGAUGAAUACAGCAUAUGGGGUUUUUGCAGACUUGUUGCAGCGGCUUUCAAUCGGGGGAAACCAUCAUUCACACAAACCUGGUUUAUGUGUGUUUUUCCAUUUCCGCAGAGACAUGCUUUGAAACGUUGAGGACAGAAGGCUCCUCUUGGAUGAGCUAACUUUAGUGCCCCCACUCUAAAUGGUCAGGGUUUGAGUGUGCGGCAGGGUCAGGGUUGAAAUGUGUGCCAUGUCUGCCACAGUCAUAAGAGAAGGCUGCUGCUACUACUGCCUGUUGUGAAACUCUAAACUAACCCUCUGUUUCUUGUAGUGGAAACAUUUUUCUCAUGCAUUUUUUGUGGUCUCCUUCUCUAUUUGUGUCGUUGCACAUCUGCUUGCAAAUGCAAAACUGAAGAUAAUGCUGUGACCCUUACACUUUACCUUUUGUCAGUUCGUCUGCACACAUGACUGAUGGAGGCUAUUGUGGAACAAGGUGUACAAACACACGCUGAGCUGUGUUUAAACGGCAGCUCCAGGUCCAGAUGUGUUUCCAAUCACAGAGGACUCUGCCUUGUGGUUUUUGAGGCUGAGUCGAGGCCACAGAUGCGUCUAUCCCCAUCCUAAACUGCUAAGCCUCUCCUUAAGUGGGGAAACAUUUCUAAUACAAAACACUGUUCAUUUUACCACCUCCUAGCUCUGGACGGUGCGUGCUGAGAAUAUUUAUUUGCUUUGUUUUAUGAUGGAAACACUGAACAACAUGUUUUUGAUUUGUUCUCCCAAAAAUGGCAGAAAAACAAGUUGACGUAAAUAGAUGGUGAAGGUCUACAGUCCGACUUGAUUAAUAAAACAGUCACUCAGAGCUGCCCAUACACUCCCUAAAUUUGCUCCGACAGGAUAAUGGCUUUAACUCUUUCAUAGUGCACCCAAACAACUGAUCAUGAAUGGUAGAUUACUGUAAAGUCUGUCACUGGAGGAUUGCUCAAUACUUCCCUGAUCAUUUAUGAUAAUAGCCUAACUGUAACCAAUUUGAACUAAGUACUUGAAUUGGAUUAAAUACAAGAAUGUAUUUUCUUUGUUAGACUCAUGUGGCUCGUGUUAGUCGGCUUUUGUUCCAGUGGCACGAGUUGAUUUGAGUUGGUAUGUCAGUGUUGGUAUUUGGUAUGCUGCUGUGGCUCUGUUGUUUUAUGGCGCAUAAAAAUAGUCUGUGUCUUCUCUCUCUCACUGGCAGAUACCACUCUGCAAAUGUACACAUCAUUUCUCACUGUUAUACUGUACCUCACUGCUCACCAUCAUGUGCUGCUGUGUCUGUGAUCUGAAACUAAUGUUAUACACUGACGGUUAAGUAGCUGGUAUGUCACUUUGCCUUGUGGUUAUGCAUGUACUUUUGUGGGUACAUGCAUAAUCAUGUACCCCUAACCCUCUUAGAUUACAUAGAAGAAACCAAAUGGAUCGAGACCAGGGCUAUCAAAUGAAUAAUGCAUUUAGUCCUGGUAAAUUUAAUUAAAUGUUAAAGAUUCUGUUAUUUUACUUAUGAAGCAGUUUUAAGUCCGUAUUAAGAAUGCCAAGCAGUUCUUGUUCAGUGAUGUUAUUUGGGAAUCUAAUUAUGAUAUUAUCCUGACUAUUAGAUUUCUCAUUUGAAUAAAUGCUGCACUGCUACACCAGCGUUAUCUGAAAUCAGAUAACAGAUACAAAUAACUGUAGGGUGAAGAACAGCUUCAGCAACUUUAUUCCAAAAUUGUGCUCAGUUUUCUGACAUUGUUUUGACUAGCUAUAACUGUUUGCUUUGCACAUACAUGUUAGCUCAAACUCAAAGUACCUCAGUGAUAUUUUAGUUUGAAUUUAAAGUCCAAAUUACUUUUGACUUGUCAACUGAGCUGUCUGGGAGUAUUUUUAGCACGAAAUGUGCACACAAUCUGUGUGGCACACAGUAACAAACUCACUCAAAGAUGGAAGAUUGUGAUCUAAACAACAGUGACAAAGCUUUUAUUAUGCUACAUGCUCAAUGAUUUAAAUGAUUUUACUCUGUACUAAUAGUAUACCAGACAAAAAUCAACAUUACAACAACAAUGCUAAUCACCCAACAAUUUGGGGCUUUCAUUAGACCUGGAGUAAUCCGGUUUCUGUUUUUUCCGUGUCUGUAUUGCAGAACAUAUGUGGACAGAGAAGCUGCGACACACUGGGUGUGGCCGAUGUUGGGACAAUGUGUGACCCCAAGAGAAGCUGCUCAGUCAUCGAGGAUAACGGACUGCAAGCUGCCUUCACAGCAGCACACGAGCUCGGUUAGUGCACAGGUUUAUCUUAUCUUAUGAGUGGGCUGUCAUGGGUGUCAGUUAUGAAAUGAUAAUAACAAUCAUAAAACCUUGGGGUAAGAAUCAUAUACCGCCUGUAAAUUAUUUGGCUUAGUCAUCUUUUUUAUUACUCUUAAUCACGGAUUGAAUCAGCACAAUGGAUGUAGUGCACAUGGCAGCUAUUUCCUAAACCACGUGGUGCUGCUACAUUAAGGUUUGCAGGUAGUUUAAAAACACAAAUAUUAUGUUCUUCCUCAUUUACAACAAAUACUGCAAUGUUACGAAGUACUAUAUGUAUGCAAAGUUUCAAAUCACAAGAUAAUGGUAUUUUGUCAUAAUCCUGGAUAAUAGUAAAUUGCAAACAGCUCAAAUAUCGGACAGGUGCAAGAUUUACUCAAAUUCUUAAAAUCACACGAAGCUAUUAAAGAGGUUUAGAGGUCAAGUUUAGGCCAGUCUCCUUUUUUUUUCACUAUGCAUAGUUUUUAAGUCCAUUAACAUAGAUCUGUGCUCUGACUGUCCCCAUGACCUCAAGUCCAAAGCACUUCUCACCAACUCUUAUUAGACCACUAAUGUAAUCCCACUGCACUGUCUUUCCUUUGUCAGGAGUCUGUUUUGAAACUCUCUGCAUGCUUUGCUUUCUUUCAGUGAUGUUCUACAAGACAAACAUGAAAUAUCUGAUUGAAAUCAUGUCUUAGCAUCAGUUGCAGCUCUAGACUUGAGACUUUGACCUUGCAAAAACAAGUGUGGUUAGUUUUUCCACCAUGCAGACCAGCAAUGUUGUUGUUGGCAAAGCUGGUAUCAAAAAUCCCAUCCCUUCUUGAUUCUGAUUGGCCAGUGAUGUAGAAGUCCCAUCGAUGAGUAUGAAAGUCUUCCAAAAGUUGAAGUGUUUUUGACUGAAGUUCUGUGAGUGCAAAAAAAACCCAACUUAAAUCUGUUUUUGCACUUAAGGUCACUGAGCGUUGAAAAGACGGAAAUGCGUUUAGUUUGAAUAGAAAACAAGUGCUGCCAGUGCAAAAAGCUGUGAUGGUGGGCAAAAGUCCUGAGGCAAAGAUUCGAGCGAUUCCUCAAAUUUCCCUUAAGAGUGCAGAAUUUGCACACCUUGGAUACAGCAUUACAGGAGCAGACAGCAUUUAAGCUUUUCAGCCUUAUUUUGGCUGAACAAAAUAGGCACCUUGUCAAUAUAGUGAAUAAUUAUUGCAUCCUUUUCCUCUGCAGGUCAUGUGUUAAGUAUGCCUCAUGAUGACUCUAAGACCUGUGAAAAGCUGUUCGGGGAUCUGGGAGGACAUUACCUGAUGGCUCCUCUAUUUGUCAGCCUUAACAAGACGGCGCCAUGGUCUCCCUGCAGUGCUCUCUACAUCACGGAGUUCUUUGACAACGGACACGGUAGGAAAUACAUCAGGUUCACUUGAAUGACACUGUGGAUAAAUCAUGAAGUGAGAAGCCCUGUAGUGGCUGUUUGCCAAUAUGGACGUCUGCCACGACACUGUGGCUCCGUCAUUAAAGCUGAUUCACAGAUGAAUAAAACAUACUGGUAGACCUCUUGUGCUCUAAUGAUGGCUUUCCUGCUUAAACAUGUUGCUGCCCUGGAAUUAUGGGUUAUACGGAUGGUUAAUCUUGCCCUAGAUUUCCACAUCUUCUCUUUCCAAAUCCUCUUCUCCCAUCCUGUUUCUUUGUCCUUGCCUCACCCUCAGUUUUUCGUGUUUUGCAUCUUGCAUUGUUUGUAGCCUUGCAAGACCUAUCAGUGAACUGUCUUUUCCAAUGAGUCAUAUGAUGGACUUCUUCCUGUUCUUCACCUCCUUGGCCAAGAGCAACAGCUGGUGUCAGCAGAAUGUGUUCUUUAUCAGUCGGGGAAAAGCCUCCGGCUGAAAACAAAUUUGGUAGAGGAUGCUGAUUCCAAGCUAUAGACGUCAUAGACGACUGUAGACAAAAAACUUAUUGAAUAUAAAAAAACAAUCAUUGGCGGAAUGAUGUAGAAGUUCGGAUUUAGAAAAGCUGUUGAAAGUCCAGAUUUGGAGCAUGAGGCGGCCUGUAAAACUGCACCCUAUUAGUGAAAUUUAAUAAUUAUAUUUAUAGUCUGGACACAGCUUGACCUGAAUAUUUUUCAUCUGUUGUCAUGUCACACAUAAGGAGCAACACAUUUAGAAAAGUCUGUGCCAAAAUCUCCAUAAAUCACAAACUUAUCAGCCUCAUAAAAUGUCAUUUUCUGUUGUAAUCGUAGGGGACUGCCUGCUGGACGUCCCGGAGAACACCAUGUCAUUGCCCAAAGAGCUGCCAGGCACCAAGUACAGUCUGGACCAGCAGUGCCAGCAGAUCUUUGGAGAGGAGUUCAUCCACUGUCCCAACACCUCUGACAGUGAUAUCUGCAGUCAGCUGUGGUGUCAGGAGGAUGGGACCAUGCAGUGCUCCACCAAGAACGGCAGCUUGCCCUGGGCUGACGGUACCUCCUGUGGCCUCAAUGGGACCUGCCUUCAUGGAGAGUGCAUGCCCACCCAGGAGGUGAUGGAGCCACUGGUAAGGCUGCUUCUCUUGAUCAUUUCUUGAGUACCUCUCAGACAUGCACAAAGUUUGAGAUAAAGUCUUUAAAUUACCCGGGUGAGAGUUAUGUGUAAAGACAAACACUUUUCAGCAGGUUUGUCAUCUUCUGUAGUGGCGACAGUCCACCAGGAGUGAUUCAGAAACUCAUUGAAACUGCUGCCUGCCUGACAUCUGUAUGAUAAAAUCAUUCUCUGUGUGCAGGUUGCUGGAUGUGGUUCUUGUUUACAAGGCAAAAAAGCACACCUCUGCACAAAGAUGUGAGCAGCUAGAGAGAGAGAGAGGGACAGGAGAAAUAAUCAUUUUUAUCAAAGGUCAUUGACUAUCAUCUCUAUAGAUUUUAGCAAUAAUCUGCCCUGUUUACAACCAUAAAUGCGUUCUUUCUUCUUUACCUGCUCUCAGAGUGCUCUGAUACUCUAAUCUGUAUUAGUUACAAACAGGAUAAAGGCAGGUUUUUUUGCAUUGCCUGACAAACAGUAUUUUCUCAAUGAUUUUGUGCUGGGUCUGGGCCGGUGUUCUGUUUAGUUUUUCCACUUGGUUGAAAAAAAAGCUGCUGGAGCACACAUGGAAAUCACACUUUUGCUCUAUUUAUUAAAGUCUCGGGUCAUAAAUAAACAGGGAUACAUGUACUUUAAGAAUAAGGCAGCAUGGGUCAGUAACCUAAUAUGAGACUUUUAUUAGGUGGAGUGUAAUUUAGUGCACCAAUAUCCAUUAAUACACUCACUUUAUAUCACACCACCAACCCCACUCUCCAUUUGUACUGUCAGAGAUGUAGACGUGUGUUUUGAUACUCUAUUUCUGAUUCCAUCAUAAAGAUUUGAAGAGAGGCUUACCUCCUGAGGCUGACGUCCUCUAUCAAAUAAUAGCUCAGCAUAUGCGCAGUACCACUUAGUAUUUCCAAUGGAGGUAUACCUCUAUUCCUUAUUAUAUUUCCUUGAAACCCAAAGGGGAGGCACAUAAAAGAAUGAAAAACAAUGUCAAAGGUAGUGAGAAUGUCUCGUAUUCUCUUCCCCCCUCCAGUAGUGUAUGUCAUUAAUCUGUUGAUAUUGUGGACACGUCCCAUUACUCAUCACGUUGACACAAAGAUUAAAAAAUGUUGCUCAAGCCCAUGUGUAAAAAUGUAAAGUUUAUAACAAACAUUCACAAUAACACAGCAGUGGAUCAAUAAUCAGAGACAUCUUCUGGGGGUUGAGAGGGAAAUAAAAACAAAGAGGUCAAGACUGAAGGUGAAUUAAAACUUAUGGAAGAGUUAUGUUGUGGGAUCAGUACCUGUAAUCAUAGUUGGGGUUAGGUAUCUCCCAAAAACCCCUGUAUCUGCCUGACAGUAGAGACUUCCUGCUGAAAUAAGAGCCCCUGAAAUUUUCCAGAGUGCAUGUCUAUAAACAGCUUUAGUGAAAGCAGGUUGAAGGAAAGCUGAGUUUUCUUUUUUAUUGUCUCUGUUUGUGAUUGUUUUUAGCAUUUAAAUGAAUCCCAGAGACCCUCAGCUUUUGUUCUAUGUGUAAAUUCACAUGUACUUGGCAAAUCUGCUGACUGGCAUGUUUUCAAUGGCGUUAAUUGAAAAAAUAUUAAGAUUUUAGUUCAAGUUCAGUUUUGACCCCGAUGACAGCAGUGGAAAAACACUGUGAUUUGAUCAAAAGCUGCAGAGCGUUCAGGAAGUAAGGACGACAGUUUACACACUGGACACUGUUGCUUCCUAUUGUUUGAAAUGUAAUUAUGUGAAUCAGCUUAAGAUGUCUUUAAUUCAGUUUCUUGAUUAGAUCAACAAAGAAAUAUAAAACAUCCUACAGUAAUCAGCUGUUUAAGGACAAAAACCUUUGAAAUUUACUGAUUUACGAAAAAUGCUGUCAGGUUUGCAUCACGUUAGAGGUCAUAAUUUCUGAGCUUGGAUUAAAAAUACACAGUACACUGUAAUAUCCUGAAAACCUUUAAGGUGAACUCUGGUCAGUGUCUCAGUUUGUACAUGUUUGAUCGCUUUAAGUUCUGCUCCUUGUGUUGUUUGGAUCAGAAGUGCAUGAAUGAAGCAUGGAGGGUAAAAGUACAGAUCACAGCGUUAUUGGAUUCUGCUUAGUUUAAUUCCAGCUGCUACUCGAUGCCUUUUUAUAUUUCCUUUAAGAACAUUUAUACAUCUUAGUGUUUCAUUUCAGCUCGGUUGCCUUGAUAUCUUCUCCUUGUGUUAUGAUCACACAUCUGUUUAUGAAGCCAGACGUGCUGGCAGCUGGAACAUUAGCUGAUCCAAACUCGUAAAAACUUCUGGAAAGGACACCCAAUCUGGCAACUGCACAAACACACACACACGCUCACUUUAAAUUCUGCUUUACAAAGCUGCAGCAGGGCAGCUUCUACUAGUGGUGAGUGACACAUGUGGCAGGAAUGUGGGUAGAGGCAGACAGCAGGCGCGUGCCGAACUUCAACACAGAUUUAGCCCCGAGUGUCGGCCCGCCAACACACUGUGCGGCCUCAAACCCAGAAGCCAGACUGCGGUCGAGGCUACACAGCUGAGAUUGCCUUUGGCGCUGAGCUCUAACCAACCACUCUGACUGCUCUUUUCUUGCUGUGUUUGACCACAGGUGGUUGUGGACGGCGGCUGGAGUGAGUGGGGAGCGUGGCAGCAGUGCUCCAGAACAUGUGGAGGAGGGGUGGAGUUCUCCUACAGGGAGUGCACUGACCCGGUGCCUCAGAACGGAGGGAAGUACUGUGAGGGACAGAGGGUUCAGUACCAGUCCUGUAACACACAGCCCUGUGACAACAACCAAGGUGAGAGCCAGCAGAAGGAAAGAAGGAAGGAGUUUUUAUCAAUUUCUUACCUAAUCAAUCAAACACAUUCAGAGACAAAUUAUUGACGUGAACAAGAAAAAUGAAUCAAAGAAGGAAGAUUGUUCACAUUUUCUUGAUUUGACAAAUUUUAACUUUAUUCUGAUGCAAAGUUAAACCAUAUAUACUACACUUGUGAAUUCAUAUUGUGUUCAGGAGAGUCUUGGUAACUGAGUUGUAGCCCAACAGGAACACCUUUAUUUAGCAACAAUAUCACAGAUACUAAAAGAUCUGCUGGAAAACACAGUGUUAACAUUUCAUCUGCAUGACAAAAGAGGGGUUGUUGUUUUAGCAAAAUGAUUACAGAGUCGUAUAAAACAGACAAAAUACAAUGGUAUUUUAAAGUAAUCCAAUGAAUUUGGCUUUAUUACUGGUAUUUUGAAAUAAUCAGCAUUGGCUGAUGCCUGUGCUCAAACAAUAUCUUGAGACACUGCAGGCAGCCCCAGCAGUGGGACUGCUGUUGAGGGAUGUUAACAUCUCCCUGAUUAAUAACAGUUUGUUUUUUCCAUAAAUGACAGCAUGUCAAAUCUAGAAGAGUCUCUGGCUGAUGUUCAAUAUGAUUGCUGUUAUGAUGUAAAAACUAAUGUAGUUUACUAUCAUGUGUUCUGAAAUCUGCAGCAUGAUCAAGUGUAUUUUUCUACUUUAUGAAUGAAGCAAUAAUCAUACAUGUUACAGGCUAAAUUAAUCAAGUUUUUACAAUACUAGAUUGUAAUGUGCAAGGCAUAAUGGGUUCUAUCUUAACAAAGCUUUUGUAUUUUUUUAUCAAAUCUAAAAAAAAACAUGAUAUUGUACCUAAAUAUUCUGAAUUUUAACCAACCUUCUAAGUAUUGGCAUCAGCUGUUUAAAAAACAAUACUGAGUAUUGACUCUCCACCCACUGACAAAUUGGAUUCUGCUAUUGCUGUCGAAACUUCAUCAGACAUGUUACGACUUAUGCACUUGAAACUCUCAGGAAAAGCCUACAUCAUGCUUUCCAUAAAAGGGAGUCUUCAUGUAGUAUCGACUCAUGAACAGAGCAAACACGAUGCCUUUUCAAUACACCAUUUCAACCUGAUUUUGCUUUAUUAAAAAAUUAUUUUUCUUUCAGCACAGCUUCAGAGGUACCUCCGACCUGAACUGUACUGAAUAUACCAAACAAGGAAGCAAAUAAACCUUCUCCAAACUGCACUAGAUUUUUAGCUGCUAUUAAGCUGUACAGCGUGGUCAGUGGUACAUGAUGUUUGAGAAACUAACGAUGUUACUUUUAGUGUCUUAGUUGGGAAAUCCAAUCUAACUGUGACUUUGGAUAAAAGCUGGUGCUCAUAAAUCUUCUUCUAUUCCACAUUUGUUUUACAAGCCAACAUUGGCUGAAAACAAAACAUACUGCAUCCUAUACUUUCUCUUAUCAUUCUUUAUAGUGUAACAUUAAUCAUAUAAUCUUGGUAGUCCUCUGUUGAAUUCAGAAUUUAAAGACCUUAACCUUCACUCAAAACCCUUUUGUACCUUCUUAGGGAAGAGCUUCAGAGAGGAACAGUGUGAGAAAUAUAACAGCCCGAACUAUCUGGACUUCAAUGGGAACAUGAAACAGUGGAUACCGAAGUACGCUGGUGUCUCUCCCAGAGACCGGUGUAAACUGUUCUGUAGAGCCAGAGGCAGCAGUGAAUUCAAGGUGUUUGAAUCCAAGGUAUGUCCUCGCAGUAUGUACAGCUGUGGUCUUUGAUUACUGAUCUGAUGCACCUCAAUUCUGAUAAAUAAUAUUUUGGUCCAUUUGGUUCAAAUGUGAUUCAUUUUGAUGUUUUAAACUCACUUAUACCUGACAGUACAUUAUUUUUGAUGAUCAAAGUUUAGCUGUGCUACAUUGGGAAGCAGUUUGAAGAGUUAAUGUUAGCGUAAUGACCAGAGUAUUAAAGGGGCUAGUGUUAGACUUGGUUGUCAUACACCCUAUGUACAGAGUACAACAGUCUAAAAAAAUAAUGUAACUUAAGUCCAUAUUUAACUUUCUUCAAAUUUUACUCACCUUAAGCUAUGACUCCACUCUGCAAAAUACUGAAAACUCUGUGUGAACUGUGAUCAGAUGCAGCUAAGCAGUUUGCAUGAUGCAGGUGAAUCUAACUGCUGCUUCAGAAUCAAUAACACUUACUUGUUGUGUCCCUAAAGGUGAUUGAUGGGACGACCUGUGGCCCCGACACUACCUCUGUGUGUGUCCAAGGUCAGUGUGUGAAGGCAGGCUGCGAUCAGGUGAUCGGCUCCAACAAGAGAGUGGAUAAGUGUGGGGUGUGUGGAGGAAGUGGACUCACCUGUAGGAAGAUCACAGGCUCCUACAACAAAGCAACGUAAGUCUGUUUACAAAGCAGAAAGAGUGUUACCAAAGAAAGUUAUUGCCUGGCUUUGUUCCUCGUCAUAUUACUCUAACUGGUAGACCAUUGCAUUAUGUUAAAAAAUACAGUUUUUUUCCCCCCUUAUAUUCAUCUCGGCUUAAAGUUUAAUACAAGCCUAACCUCUGAUUAGCAAUACAAUACAAUACAAUACAAUACAAUACAAUACAAUAUAUAAUACGAUAUAUGAUACAAUACGAUACAACACACUAUGCUGAAAUACUAUACUGUACAAUAUGAUAUUUAACAAUGAGAAGGUACCAUAUAUCAUGGCUCUUCAAAGAGGACACAAAAACAUUUUAAUUUGCCGGAUUCAUGUCAGGUAUGCCAGCAUGAGGUUUCAUGAAGCAAUGACACUGAGUCAAAUUGAAAGGGAAUAUUAAUAUUCAACAUUAGUGAUGCUAUAGCUGUAUUAAAUGAAUCUGAAUGAUUGUAUACUAUAUUUCUACACCAAUAUUUAGUCCCACACUUGGACUGAAAUCACCUGAUAUUUUUCUAAUUCCAAUUCUUUCUUCCACCAGCUAUGGAUACAGUGAUAUCGUCACGAUUCCAGUUGGAGCGACUAACAUUGACAUCAAGCAGCGCAGCAACGGCAGAGUCAAACAUGAUGGGAACUACCUUGCUGUAAAGAGAGAGAGCGGCAGCUACAUCCUCAAUGGUAACUUCUCUGUGUCCACGGUGGAGCAGGACAUUCCUGUGCUGGGUGCUGUGUUAAAGUACAGUGGCUCCUCCACCACGCUGGAGAGGAUCCAGAGCUUCAGACAGCUGGAGGAGGCCAUCACCAUCCAGAUCUUGGCUACAGCUGGAGACGCCAAUCCUCCAAAGGUCAAAUAUACCUUUUUCAUCCCCAAAGAUGUGUCUUUCAACAAGUCCAAGGAGAAGAAGGCUUCGUCACCAUCUUUGCAUAUGAUCCAUCCAUUUGGCGUGCCUGACUGGGUGCUGGGGGAGUGGUCUGAGUGUUCCAAAAGCUGCGGCUCUGGAUGGUCCAGGAGAAAUGUUGAAUGCCGGGACAACGCUGGCUUCCUCUCCAGCCUGUGUGACAAAAACCUGAAGCCCAUAGACAUCAAGGCCUGUGGGGAUCUACCCUGCCCCAUUUGGCAGAUGGGGCCUUGGUCUGCCUGCUCACGAACUUGUGGUCAGGGUGAGCGCCGUCGCAGCGUCGUCUGCAUAGACUACACUGGGAAGACUGUUGAGUCAGAGAAGUGUGAUCCAAAGAAAAUGCCAGAACCAGUCUCUGGAGAAUGUCUCAACCAAGAGUGCUUAUGAGGGACAAGAGAACAGUGAACUUUGCCAUUUUGGUCUGAUUCAACUUACUCAACAUGGAUGGAUUACAGCACAGGCACACUAGGCGCAGACUACAAAAGACACAAAAGAAACCACAUUCGACACCUAAAAUAGCUGCAAAAGAAUAAAAGAGAGACACAAAGCAAACUGCUUUUAAUGAACAUAAAAAUAUGUAAAUAAAUUAUAAAGCGAUAGAAGAUGGCCUUUUAUCUUAGAGACACCAAAAGAUGCAACAAGACCAUGAAGGAAGAGCCAGAAAGGAUCUUAAUGUGACAAUAAGAUGGAAAAUAGCCCUAAAAGGCAUGAGAAAGAGAGGAACACAAAGAGAUGAAAAAAAGAACAAAGGUAGUGCUUCACUUAAAAUGAGUACAAAUUGCACAACACAACUUUACAGAGAUCCAAGAGACAAUAACAUCCACCACAAAAUUUGAGCAGAGAUAUGCUAAUUCAGACCAAACAGCCACAGAGACACAAAACAACCACAAAAAGCAUAGAAGCUUUCAGGGCUACUCAGCAGAGCAACAUGUGACCACAAAAAAACACAAUUAUCUCAAUAAAAAGAGAAAAGAUUUCAGAACGAGUUUCUAUUUCGGUGCAAUUGGUGUCUUUUGUCUGUCUGUGCCCAGGGGCUUGUGACGAUAUUAUCCAUCCAUGUUCAUCAUGUUCACACCAUGUUACAUCCCAGGCUUUUGCCUACAUACAGUUCUGUCAUCUUUUGUUGACAUUUUACAACCACUAUUGAGAGUUGAAACAGUGUAAAUCUACCUCAGGAUGUGCAUGUGAUGCUAUGUAUAGAUGCUACAUGAAGGUGCUGUGUGUGUUUUCUCCAGAAAGAGAAGUGCUUGAGGCCCACCUCAAACUGAAAUUUUGUAUGAAGUCCGGUAUAAUCUGCAAUGUUUCUUGUUUUUUUUUUUUUUUUUAAAGUGGGGGUGGAUUAAUGGCAUGAAACCUGCUGUUGACACCAGCACAGAGUAAAUAUACCUCCAAGUGUCCUCCACAGAACUCAAACCCCAUUAAGCUUUCCUCAAGCUCUUUAUCUGUUACUGAGGUUGGUACAUAUGAUGGGGUUUUAACCCUGUGGGAAAAUGUGCUCCUGUUAGAUUUACUCCUCUCUUCCAUAGCAUACCCAUAUGAGAUAUCUGAUAAUUUUCAAAGAUGUCCUGCUUUUAUUUUAAAUAUUGGCAUUAUUGAGCUGUAGGGAAAACAAUCAAUGACUGUAAAUGUGACUAAAAUCUUUGGCUUCUGCUAUUUAGAGCCUAAUGUAAAUCAGAGCAGAUGGUUCUUUUGCUGAACCAGACAUGUAGGAUUUAUAGAAACCGAAAGAGUUUGAGUUUACACAGUGUGUAAUAUAAUUAGUGUAAAUAAUGACCCGUCAUUUAUGAUAAGGAAAACCCAUGACAGAGAACCCCCCUCUACCUUGUAGUUAAAUAGUUUGGUAGUUUAGCAGCUGCUUUAAGUGCAGAUGAGAGGAGCUGUGGUACAAAAAACUGCAAGGCAGUGAAUGCUUGUUCGAGGUGAUUUCCACACAAUCUAGGAUCUAUACUAAAAACAAUAUUGAUUUUAUUCAUUUUCAACUUUGUUUUUAUUUUAAUGCAUCAUAUGCAAACACUCACCGUUGUUUCCAGACUUCUGUAUGUAUAUUUGAUUUCUUCAUUCCUGUUGUUAAUUUACAGUAUGUUAUAAAAAAAGAUGGAGCAUUAGGCCCAAAUAUCCCUUCAGUGAAGGACCAUGCUAUUUUAUUACUACAGCUUCCUUUUUAAGCUAUUUAUUUUUGUAAAGUUUUUACCUUUUAUGUGUAAUUAACAUGGCAGAUGCUGCUGUCUUUGAGAUUUUUGUCUAUAAAAUUGUCAAAUAAACACAUUUAUGUCCAAAAAGGA